CCGUUCCUGACUGUAAGGGCUUCCGGGUGAAUCCAGGCCACAGUCCACAGACCAAGGGACACUUUCUGGACUCGGGCCGAAGAAGAGGAACGAGAACAAGAACAAGAAGAAGAACAAGAACAAGAAUGGAUAACGGUUCUUUUUCAACCGGCGACACAGAGCUGGACCAGGCUGUCGAGCAGUGGCUGCAGUAUGACAAGAACCUCAAAACGGCCUCGAUGGUGAGGGACCUGGUGAAGGAGGGAGCAGUGGAGGCUCUGAAGAAGUGCUUCUCCUCCAGGAUGGAGUUUGGCACAGCAGGUCUGAGAGCGGCCAUGGGCCCGGGCACAUCCUGUAUGAAUGAACUCACUAUCAUCCAGACCACACAGGGCUUCUGUUGCUACCUCGAGGACAGUUUUGAGAACCUAAAGGAGCAAGGGGUGGUGAUUGGUUAUGACGCCCGUGCCCACCCUCCCAGUGGGGGCAGUAGCAAGCUUUUUGCCAGCCUGGCUGCAGCAGUUUUCAUCAGUCGGGGGGUUCCUGUGCACCUCUUCUCUGACAUCACCCCUACGCCGUUUGUGCCUUUCACAGUUUCCCACCUGGGUCUGUGUGCUGGUAUCAUGGUGACUGCUUCUCACAACCCCAAACAGGACAACGGCUACAAGGUGUACUGGGAGAACGGUGCCCAGAUUGUGUCUCCUCAUGACAAAGGAAUCUCCAAGGCCAUAGAGGAGAACCUGGAGCCUUGGCCCCAGUCCUGGAAUGCAGAGGAGGCCCUGAAGAGCCCCUUGCUCAAAGACCCCUACCAGGAAAUCCACACACAAUACUUCAAAGCCAUCCAGAAACACUGUCAUCACAGGGACAUAAACAAGAGCUCAGAAGUGAAAAUUGUCCAUACGUCCGUGCACGGUGUUGGCCACACGUUUGUCCAGUCGGCCUUCAAGGCAUUUGAUCUCCACCCUCCAUACGCUGUGGAGGAGCAGAAAGAUCCUGACCCCGAAUUCCCCACAGUCAAAUAUCCCAAUCCUGAGGAGGGAGAGGGAGUCCUGACAUUGUCGUUUGCACUGGCAGAGAGGGAGGGGGCCUCUGUGGUUUUGGCGAAUGAUCCUGAUGCUGAUCGACUGGCCAUGGCUGAGAAGCAGGAGAGUGGACAGUGGCGAGUGUUCACUGGUAAUGAGUUGGGAGCGUUGCUUGGCUGGUGGAUGUUCCGCUGCUGGAAACAGCAAAACUCAGACGCCGGUGCUGUUAAAAAUCUCUACAUGCUGUCAAGCACCGUCUCAUCCAAGAUACUGCGCGCCAUCGCUCUCAAGGAAGGAUUCCAUUUUGAGGAAACCUUAACAGGAUUCAAGUGGAUGGGCAACAGAGCCAGAGACCUUUUGGAUCAGGGCAAGACUGUUCUCUUUGCUUUUGAGGAGGCCAUAGGGUACAUGUGCAGUCCCUCUGUAUUGGACAAGGAUGGAGUGAGCGCUGCAGCCAUAGCAGGAGAGAUGGUUUCCUAUCUGGCCACUAAAAACACUGGCCUUUCUCAACAACUCACAUCUGUCUAUGAAGAGUAUGGCUACCACAUCAGUAAGAAUUCCUACUUCAUCUGCCAUGACCAGGAUGUGAUCCGCACCUUGUUCGAGCGCCUGCGCAACCAUGGAGGCCAGAAGGACUCGUAUCCUGUCGAGUGCGGUCGCUUCGCCAUCUCUAAUGUACGAGACCUGACCACCGGCUACGACGACAACCAACCUGAUAAGAAAGCAGUUCUCCCCACCUCCAGCUCUAGUCAGAUGGUCACCUUUACCUUCUCUAACGGGGGUGUGGCCACCAUGAGGACCAGUGGCACAGAGCCAAAAAUCAAAUAUUACACUGAACUCUGUGCUGCGCCUGGUAACAGUGACGUGGCGCACCUGAGGAAGGAGCUGGACGACUUGGUUGACGCCAUCAUUGAAAACUUCUUCGAGCCCAAGAAGAAUAAGUUGCAGCCAAAGCCAGAGUAGCACCGAUUAGACACCCAAUCAAAAUAAUAUUAAUUAAUAACUAUUUGACCAGUUUUUGUGCUAGUUGAACCUGUAAGAGAUCUGAAUACCAUACUGUUGCCUAUCUGUUGUUAUUUUGAUAAUCUGGCCGCUUCUAACCUCCACUUUGAGUUGGUUUAGCCAUUCAUGUGUUUUUGAGUUUUAGUUAUGGGUCCAGUGCCAGUUUUGCGUUCAGUCGUCAUCAUCAUGCAGCAACAUGGUUCCAUUGCAGCGUGGCACAGUGCUGGAGGUAUGAAACCGCAGCUGUAAAAUGUUCCAUCUUUCCAAAGUCACAAUCAUUCCUGCUUCCUACAGAUUGCUGUGUAUUCAAUAUGACGCAUUCCACACUCAACUGCAAAGCUGUUAACAUGAAGAGUGCCAGCGUGAGAUUGGAUAUUGUAAUCUGCUUUUAAACUUUGAAUGUGUGAUAUCUAAUUUAAUCGUAGAGUAUAACACUGAAAUUGACGGUGGACUGUUUUUGAAGUUUUUAAUUAAUGGCAGAAAAAACUGCCUUUGCAAAGUAAAAGCUUUGAGCGCCUAGAAGUAGAGAUAAUGUACAUUAAUUUGUCAAAUGCACCCACCUCUCAUUACUUGAUGUGAGUAGUUGCUACAGCUCAAAAGGACUAUUGAGACUAAUACAUUUACUUGUGUGCCAUGUAUUCUGAAAUACUGUUCCGAAAAGAUUAUGACACUCAAUAAAAAAAAAAAACGACUGAA